AUGCAGUCCGCGCUGCUGCGUGCGCCCUGCGCACUGCCCCGCCGCACGCAGCCCGCCCGGGACCGCAGCGUGGCCGCGGCGAGCCACCGCCGGGGCUUCCAGCGGGCCCGCGCGGAGCCCCUCACCUACAAGGACGCCGGGGUGGACAUCGACGCCGGAAACGAGCUCGUCAACCGAAUCAAGAAGCUCGCUCCCGCCAUCGGGGGCUUCUCCGGACUCUUCCCGUUCGGAGACUCGUAUUUGGUCGCUGGUACGGAUGGAGUGGGCACGAAGCUCAAGCUAGCUUUUGCGAUGAACAAGCACGACACCAUCGGACAGGACCUCGUCGCGAUGUCCGUGAACGACAUCAUCGUCACCGGAGCGCGCCCGCUCUUCUUCCUAGACUACUUCGCGACCUCGAAGCUCGACGUCGAGCAGGCCGAGGACGUCAUUCGAGGCAUCGUGAAGGGCUGUGAGUUGGCCAAGUGCGACCUCAUGGGCGGCGAAACGGCCGAGAUGCCCGGGUUCUACGAGCCCGGGGAGUACGACCUGUCCGGGUUCGCGGUCGGCGCGGUGAAGAAGGACCGCGUCAUCGACGGCACCUCGGUCAAGGUCGGCGACGUCGUGCUCGGCCUGCCCUCGUCCGGCGUGCACUCGAACGGCUUCUCGCUCGUCCGGCGCAUCCUCGACCGCGCGGGCGUGCAGCUGUCGGACCCCGCGCCGUGGGGCGGGCAGACCUUCGGCGAGGCGCUCCUGGCGCCGACGAUCAUCUACGUGGACGACCUCCUGCGCCUGCACGACGAGGUCGGCGUGAAGGCCGCCGCGCACAUCACCGGCGAGGGCCACCCGGGCAACAUCCCCCGGGUGCUGCCCAAGGGGGUGACGGCGAAGCUGGACAGGGCGUCGUGGACGCCGCCGGCGCUGUUCCGGUGGCUGCAGGAGGCGGGGGACGUGUCGGACCAGGAGAUGUUCCGCACGUUCAACAUGGGCAUCGGGAUGGUGCUGGUGAUCGACCCAGAGGAGGUGACGCACGCACAGCAGGUGCUGCCGCACGCCAAGGUGGUGGGGCAGAUCGUCGAGGGGGACUCGGUGAUCAUCAGCUGA